UAGCCACUGCGCAUGCGCAGACGGUAGACAGCUGAUAACUCAUCUAUUAUGCUACUUCGCUAAAUAAAAAAUCUUCAAGAAAACUGACCGGAGCCCGUCGCUGGACGCACCGGAGGACCGAGACACAAAGUAAACACGCCUCUCUGACCGGGACCGGGGGGUUAACGGUUAAACUGAGCGGAGGGUGUGCAAAAUGUCUCUGUGUGUGUCGGAGCCUGGCUGGCCGCUCGGCGCCUUCAGACAAAGCUCAAGCUAACAGGCUAACGGCUUAUUAGCUAGCCAAACACCGAGCGGUAACAUCUGCAAAGAUUGGAUCUGUGAGCGCAUUAAUCUACUCGGUGUGCGUCUUAUAACAAACAAAAGUCAAGAUACCCCCUUCAACACACGCUCACAUAUCAACACGGCCGGUAUUAUUUAAUAUUAACGACAUUUACGUCUUUGGUUGUGCGAUGGGAGUUUGUCUCCACGGGGGAAACAUCGAGCUGAAGAAUCGACACCAACAACACCUGAACUGAACAUACUUAAACACACCUGUGUGCACACACACACACACCACACACACCCUCACACCACAGAGGGAGUUGUUUUUUUCACCUUCAGGUUAGACACUGCCGUCCCACAGUGCAUUGCUGCGUCACCGCCGUCCACCAUGUCGGACGCCCCUGAGGCUGCGCCCCCCAGCCCCCCUACCCUUACCAACCCGGCCCCACCUGAGGUCACCAAUCCCACCAAACCUGGCAGAAAAACCAACCAGCUGCAGUACAUGCAGAAUGUGGUGGUGAAGACUCUGUGGAAGCAUCAGUUUGCCUGGCCUUUCUACCAACCUGUUGAUGCCAUCAAACUUUGCUUGGCAGACUACCACAAGGUGAUCAAGAACCCGAUGGACAUGGGAACCAUCAAGAAACGUCUGGAGAACAAUUAUUACUGGAGUGCCAGUGAGGCCAUGCAGGACUUCAACACCAUGUUCACCAACUGUUAUAUCUACAACAAGCCUACAGAUGACAUCGUCCUCAUGGCUCAGGCUUUAGAGAAAAUCUUUCUGCAAAAAGUCGCUCAGAUGCCCCAGGAAGAAGUCGCUCUGCUCCCUCCAGCUCCCAAAGGCAAGAGCAAGAGCAAACCUGCUGCUGCUACUACAGUGAGCCAGCAGGCUGAGUCCUCAGCCUCCCCACCCCCCUCCUACCCCUCUCCCUCGCCCUCUCAGACACCUGUCAUCUCAACCACGCCCACACCUGUCCAGACCACACCUCCUGUCUCUGCCCCACAGCCCUCGGCAACCAUGAUGCCGUCUGCACAGCCCGUCGUAAAGAAGAAAGGUGUGAAGAGGAAAGCCGACACCACCACUCCCACCACAUCGGCAAUCUCUGCCGGCCGUGCAGACUCUCCAUCUGCUCAGGACACCAAACCGGCCAAACUAGGCUUGUCCCGCCGCGAGGCCGCUGCCCGACCCGCCAAGGCCCGCAGGGAGACGGUUGAGGAGGUGCCAGGGGGUGAGGUGGGAGGCGUCGGAGGGGGAGUUGGCAGGAGUAAGGGCGGUAAGCUGGGUGAGCAGAUGAAACACUGCGACGCCAUCCUGAAGGAGAUGCUCUCUAAGAAACACGCUGCCUAUGCCUGGCCCUUCUACAAGCCAGUGGACGCAGAGGCACUGGAGCUGCACGACUACCAUGACAUCAUCAAACACCCCAUGGACCUCAGCACCGUCCGGAAAAAGAUGGAUAAAGCAGAGUACGGUGAUCCUCAAAGUUUUGCCACUGAUGUCAGGUUAAUGUUCUCCAAUUGUUACAAAUACAAUCCUCCAGACCACGAGGUGGUGGCCAUGGCCCGCAAGCUGCAGGAUGUGUUCGAGAUGCGUUUUGCUAAGAUCCCAGAUGAGGGCCUGGAAGCAUCGGUCCCAUCUACAACACCAUUGGUCAGUAAAAGCACCGCCUCCUCUGACAGCAGCAACAACUCCUCCUCCGACGAAUCGUCCGACUCAGAGGAGGAGCGAGCCACGCGAUUGGCUGAGCUACAGGAGCAGGUUGGUGCUGCCGACCAAUCACAGUUGAAGGCGGUGCACGAGCAGCUGGCCGUCCUAUCCCAGGCUCCAGUCAGCAAGCCAAAGAAGAAGAAAGAGAAGAAAGACAAGGAGAAGAAGAAAGAAAAGGAGAAAGACAAAGGGAACAAGGGCAAGAUGGAGGAAGAAAAGAAGCCCAAGGCUACCGCUCAGCAGCCCAAACCUGCCAAUCAGAAGAAAGCGCCAGCCAGGAAAGCCAACAGCACGGUAACCGCCACGAGGCAACCUAAGAAAGGUAGUAAGGUGUUGGGCGGUGGCUCGGCUAAUGGAGAUGAUGGCGAGGAGUCAUCACUGCCGAUGUCUUAUGAUGAGAAGCGCCAGCUGAGUCUGGAUAUUAACAGGCUGCCGGGGGAGAAGCUGGGCCGUGUCGUCCACAUCAUCCAAUCCAGAGAACCGUCGCUUAGGGACUCCAACCCCGACGAGAUCGAAAUCGACUUUGAAACCCUCAAACCCUCCACACUUCGAGAGUUGGAGCGCUACGUCAAAUCUUGCCUUCAGAAGAAGCAGAGGAAGCUACUGCAGAAGGCAGCUGGAGGUGGGGCCUCGGGAGGCGGGGCUAGUCGUUUGAGUGGCAGCUCCUCUUCCUCUUCUGAUGACAGCUCCUCAACAGGAACCUCCUCUUCCUCCGACACAGACUGAACACCCACAUACACGCA